AUGGCUGACACCGAAGAUGUUGGUGCCUCCGUAUCGGAGCCCCUCGACCUUGUCCGUCUAUCCCUGGACGAAAUUGUGUUUGUGAAGCUGCGCGGUGACCGUGAAUUGAAGGGCCGCCUUCACGCAUAUGACAGCCACUGCAACCUUGUUUUGGGUGACGUGGAAGAGACCAUCUACGUGGUGGAGGAAGAUGAGAAUGAGCAAGAGAUCACAAGGACAAUUAAGAAGCAAGAAGAGAUGCUAUUUGUGCGAGGUGAUUCCGUCGUUUUGAUCUCUCCCCAGGCCUGA